CAAGUCCUUGUUAUUUAGUGGCAGUGUUAAAGCAGGCCGACGCUGUAAACACUGGGUUCUGGAGGAAAAAAAGUUCGACCCUCAGCUUUCUGAAGUCCAGGUGAGAUGUAGAGCGUGCUCUGGAAGCGGCUCACACCGGAAUGGGACGGAGACAUGGCACACUACAUGCAGUCAGCGACGGCGUCACAGAGCGACGUGAAUCUCGGAGCGUCGGCGAAUCCUCAUGCCAAACCCACCGACUUUGACUUUCUGGCUGUGAUCGGGAAGGGAACGUUCGGCAAAGUGCUUCUGGCUAAACUCAAAGCCGACGGGAAAUUUUACGCGGUGAAGGUUCUGCAGAAGAAGGUGAUAUUAAAGAAAAAAGAGCAAAAGAAUAUAAUGGCCGAGAGGAACGUUCUGCUGAAGAGCCUGAAACACCCCUUCCUCGUCGGCCUUCACUACUCGUUCCAGACCUCAGAGAAGCUCUAUUUCGUCCUCGACUACGUUAACGGAGGAGAGUUAUUCUUCCACCUUCAGAGAGAGCGAUGUUUCUCAGAACCGCGUGCACGUUUCUACACCGCCGAGGUGGCGAGUGCCAUCGGCUACCUGCAUUCCCUCAACAUCAUUUACAGGGAUUUGAAACCAGAAAACAUUCUGUUAGAUGCGCAGGGCCACGUGGUGCUGACUGAUUUUGGCCUGUGUAAAGAAGGACUGGAUCCAGAAGCCACCACGACCACGUUUUGUGGGACACCAGAGUAUCUUGCUCCAGAGGUGCUUCGGAAGGAGCCUUACGACCGCACGGUGGACUGGUGGUGCCUCGGUGCCGUGCUGUACGAGAUGCUCUUCAGCCUGCCGCCGUUCUACCGCCGUGACGUAGCGGAGAUGUACGACGCCAUCUUGCACAAGCCCUUGCAGAUACCUCCUGGGAAGUCGGACGCGGUGUGUCACCUGCUGCAUGGACUUCUGCAGAAAGACCAGCAUCGCCGGUUAGGGGCCAUCGCCGACUUUCUGGAGAUUAAAAACCACAUUUUCUUCAGCCAUAUUAAUUGGGACGAUCUUUACCACAAGCGGCUGACUCCGCCGUACAGCCCCAACGUGAGAGGCCCGGCUGACCUCCAGAACAUCGAUCCGGAGUUCACCAGAGAGAUGGUGCCCAACUCUGUGGGCCGAACUUCGGAGCUGGGCACCAGUCUGACCACCAGCAGCUCCAACGCCUUCAGCGGCUUCUCCUACGUAUCCAGUGACAACGGCUUCCUCUGAACGACCGGACCGGACACGGGUUUUAAUCUCCUCAUCAGUUCUGCUGAGUGGUGGGAAAAAAAUCCCCGGUAUCUGAACGGAGCGACCGUUUCUUCUACCCCCAGAUGUUCCAAAUGACCUGGAAGACGUUUCUGCUUUGGCCAGGUUCCUCUCGGCACUGAUUUGAUUGAAAACUCCAGCACUGAGCACACAAAUAUUUCAGAUGUCUUAUUUUGUAGCGUUAAAAAGUCGAGUAGAUGAGAACGUACACAAUAUAACCGCCUUUCCUUUAUCGUGUGAGUGUUUUAGAUAUGUCGGUAUAUUUCAGCUCGAAGAUGAAAGAAAUGGCUUUGCUAAAUAACGCGAGUCGAACGGUAUCGAAUUUAGCUUCAUGUUCUUAUUCCUUCUUGACUGUGAACUGGUAGGAGUGACGGUGCACAGUUUCUCUCCCUCGCUUUAGGUUCUUUACUGGAUAAUUUAAUAAAUAUAAUUCUAAAAGAGGACGCGGUGUAUAAUCAAAGCGUCCACAUUAAACACUGUAAUCGGGGGAAAUAAGAGCUUUUUUACGAUGAGUUUUAUUUUGAAAAGUAUAUGAUUAGUAAUGAUAAGUAUAUGCUGUGAGCGAGGGCGAUGUUAUGAAGCAAAUCCUAAUGAUAUGAGCAAUAUUAAAACAUGUUGUUGGUUAACACGG